CGUAGGUGAAAAAGAAGAAGCAACUUUUGUUGUCGGUUUGUUAGCAAAGAUUUUGUCAACGUAGCAAGAGCAAAAAAUAUAUAAAAAAUGUUUAACAUACAAACACAUAUGGAUUAUGAGGGCCAACAUAAAGCGGAGAAAUUCUCUCGCUUUAUCAUUACACUUUUCGGCAUCGUUGGCCUUAUUUGGGGCGCUAUAAUUCAACAAUUUUCGCAAACUGUUUACAUUCUGGGGGCAGGAUUUUUGUUGGCAUCUAUUAUUACUAUUCCACCGUGGCCAAUUUACCGCCGCCAUCCACUGAACUGGCAAAAACCACGUAAUAUCGAACCACCUGCAAGUAGUGGUGACGAGGGAAAGAAGAAGAAGAAAUAAGUUAUUUAAAUUAUGUAUUAGUUUUUACACAAUUCCAUUUGUUAAUUUAAAAUUUUGGAUUUGCAUAAACUUAACGAGGAAAAAUCAAUCGGGAAAAAAUUAAAGUGGAGAUUUAAUGGCGAA